GCUGGGUCAUCUUCUGGCCCUCGGGAAUCCAUCGCCAAUGCGGCUAAGAUGUGCCACUUCUUCAAGAACCGCGCCCCCAACGACGAAAGCUCCGCAUUCGUUGUCCUCUCUCUUCCAAGACCCUGAAUCACCGUCCCAACUUCCAAACAGUCCGACAGAGUUCGAGCUUCACGUGAGGCAACGCUGCAAAUCAGGUACCCUCUCGCUGAAUGAAGCGCUCGCUUACUUCCAAACACUGGUUCGAAUCAAGCCCAUUGUGUCCAUCGAUACGUUUAAUCACGUGAUGGGGUCGGUUUCCAAGAAUAAGGCGCACUCGGACGUGGUCGCCUUGUACAAAAAGAUGAGUGGGGCAGGAAUCCAGCCCGAUUUGUGUACGCUGAACAUUUUGAUCAACUGUUGUUGCCAUCUGGAGAUGAUGGAUUGUGGGUUUGGAGCCUUUGGUGAGAUCGUGAAGCGCGGUUUCGAGCCCAACGAGGUGACUUUUACUACCCUGGUUAAAGGUUUGUGCUUGGUGGGGAAAGCCAUCGAUGCAGUUGAGCUGUUUGACAAAUUGGCUCUUAGAGGAUUUGAUGGGAUGGUGGGUUCAGUUUUGUACAGGACCCUUAUUGGGGAGCUCUGUAAAACACGAGAGACAGCGCUGGUGCUGGAAUUGCAAAAGAGGAUGACAAAGCAGGGAUUUGAGGCUGAUGCGCAGACAUGUAACAUGAUUGUCGGUGCUCUAUGCAGAGCCCAGCUGAUUGAUGAUGCAUUGGAGUUGUUUCGUGAUCAGAGUAGCCAACGAACUGAGCCUGAUGUUGUGCUUUACAAUUCAAUGAUCGACGGGUUGUGUAAAUCACGGCGAUUGGGGCAAGCAGUCGAAAUUUAUGAUGAAAUGGUCGAGCGAGGUAUCUCAGCUGAUGUGAUCACAUACAACUCUUUAAUCCAUGCUUUCUGCCAAGCUGGACAAUGGAUUGAAGCCAACAAAACGCUUCAUCUAAUGAUAGAGAAAGGCAUUUCACCCAAUGUCAUCACUUUCAACAUCCUGAUAGAUGGUCUAUGCAAAACGGGAAAAGUAACCGAAGCAGUUGUGGUAUUUGACGUGAUGAUUCAGAAACGCUUGGACCCUGACAGAUACACCUACAAUACCCUCAUAAAUGGUUUAGGUUUGGCGGGUAGGCUGGAUGAUGCAGCGAAAAUUUUCCAUCUAAUUGAAGAUAAGGGCCUGAAGCACGGCGUUGUUGCCUACAACAUGAUGAUUAAUUGGUACAUGAAGCAUGACAAGAUUGACGAAGCAACUCAACUCUUCACUCGGAUGCUGACUCAUGGCUUUCCAGCACCAGCACUAUCUACUUACGAGGUUGUGCUGGAUGGUCUCUGUAAAAAUGGGCAUAUUGACCAGGCAAUGGAUCUGUAUUGGUCCCUCAGCAGUGCCAUACUUGAACCAUCGAUCGAGGUGUUCAACAUUCUGAUUGAUGGGCUUUGUAGAGCCGGGAAAAUUGAGGCAGCAAUGAACUUGUUCGACAGCAUGUCGGAGAAGGGAUUGGUUCCCGAUGUUGUAACAUACAGCAGCUUAAUCAAUGGCCUAUGUAAGGGAGGGAUGUUAGGGCAAGCCAACAGAACACUUCAGCUAAUGAUAGAGAAAGGCGUUUUGCCCAAUGUUGUCAUUUUCAACAUCCUGAUAGAUGGUCUAUGCAAAAUGGGAAAAGUAACUGAAGCAGGCGGGGUAUUUGAAGUGAUGAUUCAGAAACGCGUGGACCCUGACAGAUGCACCUACAAUACCCUCAUAAAUGGGUACAUGAAGCAUGGCAAAAUUGAUGAAGCAAAUGGACUCUUCACUCAAAUGCGGACUCAUGGCUCUCCAGCACCAGCGCUAUCUACUUACGAGGUUGUGCUGGACGGUCUCUGUAAAAAUGGACAUAUUGACCAGGCAAUGGAUCUGUAUUGGUCCCUCAGCAGUGCCAUACUUGAAUCAUCGAUCAAGGUGUUCAACAUUCUGAUUGAUGGGCUUUGUAGAGCUGGGAAAUUUGAGGCAGCAAUGAACUUGUUCGACAGCAUGUCGGAGAAGGGAGCGGUUCCCAAUGUUGUAACAUACAGCAGCUUAAUCAAUAGCCUAUGCAAGAGAGGGAUGUUAGCAAAAGCCGAGAAAUUAUUCUUGAAAAUGCGGGAAAAGGGUUGCUUCCCGGACUCAAUUUUGUACAAUAUUCUCAUCCGGGCAUUUUUGGAGGACAAACAAGUGGAUAAAGCAUUGCAACUUCUACAGGAAAUGCGUGCAAGGAAAUUUUCGCCUGAUGAAGCAGUUGUUUCAAGGUUGUUAUAUUUCGUGUCGGUCGAUGCGCGAUGUCGGGAGUUCAUCGAGCCACUUCUCAAUGCUUCGUAAAAGCCUGUAGAUGUUAUGAAGGUGCUUGAUAGAAUCUGCAAGAAGAACCCGUUUACUUUAUUCAACAAUCUACUUAAUUCCCAAAUUA